CUCCAACCGUUGCCCGCCGGCCGCCGUCCCGACGCCUUCCCUUGCACCACCGGCGGGCGGCAGCGUGUUGAGCGCGUCGUUGUUCGGUGGGCCACGCGGUGUGCGUACCACGCGCCUGUCGCCGGACAGAUUUCCGCCUGAAAUCACUUCUCUUCCUCCGCGCACCUUGGGAGCUGCCUGCUAGCUUAGCGGUGCCUGUCAGGCGAUGGAGCAGGACGACGCCGACGGCAGUCUCGAUUCGUGGGCCCGAUUCUGCUCUCUCUCCAACGAGCUUCUCGGCGGCGACGGUGAUCUCUCCGUUGGGCCGCGCCUAGCGCCCGUCGUCGCCGACCUCUGCACCCGCGGCCUCGCCACGCUCGUCCGCGACUACUUCCUCCACUCCCUCGAGGAAACAUUUCGAAACAAUGCAGUCAAGAAGUUCUGGCAGCACUUUCAUCCUUAUUGCAAUGCCUCUCCAGUAGAUCGAAUUAAAUUCUGCGUUAAAGAACAUUGGCCUGAGGAAAUCUUAAGUGGAGCACUGGAGGACAUAUGCUUGGAAAAGAGUUACCAGGAAAAAUGUGUUCUUGUUCUUGUCCAUGCUUUACAAUCAUAUGAGGAUAGGACGCCCAAAAGAAAAUUCAAAGCAGUGGAUUGUAGUUCCAGUUUGAUGCCUAGGUACCAGUUAAUGGUAUCAUCAGUACUUCUGACAACACUGCCCUUGAGCUUUCCUGAGAUAUUAAAUGUCUAUUUCAAGAAGAAGCUGGAAGAACUUAAUAUUAUUAUGGCUGGAUCAUAUGAGAGUGACCAACUUGGGAAUCAUGAGCUUUUCGAAAGUAGUAAUACCUCUGACUGGCAUUCUGGAAUGGAUAUUGAUGGUCAAGAUGUUUCAGAAAGUAGCUGUUUGGUAAAGAACAUUGGAAAAGUUGUUCGUGAUCUUAGAUGUCUUGGUUUUACAUCAAUGACAGAAGAUGCUUAUUCCUCUGCAAUAAUCUGGCUUUUAAAGUCUAAAGUUUAUGAACUAGCUGGUGAUGAUUACAGAGUUCCUGUCCUUGGGUCUGUGAAGAAGUGGAUUCAGGCUGUUCCUCUUCAGUUUCUGCAUGCUCUUUUAACAUAUCUUGGCGACUCAGUGGACUAUGAUAGUGGAUCUUCUGGUCUGAAAUCACCGUUAGCCUCACGUCCUUCUUCCUUCCCAGGGAUUGGCGUUCCUUCUGAAGCCCUUGUGAGAUGGCACAUGCGCCUUGAGUAUUUUGCUUAUGAAACCUUGCAGGACCUACGAAUUGGCAAACUUUUUGAAAUAAUUGUAGAUUACCCUGAGAGCUCUCCCGCUAUUGAAGACCUAAAGCUGUGUUUGGAGUACACGGGUCAACACUCUAAGCUUGUUGACUCAUUUAUCUCAUCGCUUAGAUAUCGUCUACUUACUGCUGGUGCAUCAACAAAUGAUAUAUUGCAUCAAUACGUGUCCACUAUCAAAGCAUUGCGGACAAUUGACCCCACUGGCGUGUUCUUGGAGGCAGUUGGUGAACCAAUUAGGGAUUAUCUGCGAGGUAGAAAAGACACUAUCAAAUGCAUAGUGACGAUGCUAACUGAUGGAUCUGGAGGAAAUGCAAGUGGAACAGGAAACGCAGGUGACAAUCUUCUGGAAGAGUUGAACAGAGAUGCUGAAAAUCAGGAAAAUGCUGAUUAUGACAAUCAUGCAAACAUUGAUGAGAAACAAGCAUGGCUGAAUUCUGAAAGCUGGGAACCUGAUCCUGUAGAAGCUGAUCCAUUGAAAGGCAGCAGGAAUAGAAGGAAAGUUGAUAUACUUGGACUAAUGGUUAGUAUAAUUGGCUCAAAGGACCAAUUAGUCAACGAAUAUCGUGUAAUGUUGGCAGAAAAACUGCUCAACAAAUCUGACUUUGAAAUAGAUUCAGACAUUCGCACGUUGGAACUCCUGAAGAUCCAUUUUGGUGAGAGCAGCAUGCAGAAGUGUGAGAUUAUGCUUAAUGACUUGAUUGACUCGAAGAGAACCAACUCAAACAUUAAAACAUCUUUGCUAAAGACAUCUCAAACUGUUGCUGGGCAAGAGGAAGCAGAAAUAUCUCAUGAUGUUCUUGAUGCAACAAUAAUAUCAUCCAACUUUUGGCCACCAAUUCAGACAGAAGACCUUGUUGUUCCUGCUUCAGUUGAUCAGUUGCUAUCUGAUUAUGCAAAAAGAUUUCAUCAGAUAAAAACUCCACGGAAGCUAUUAUGGAAGAAAAAUCUUGGAACAGUCAAGUUAGAACUGGAAUUUGAGGGAAGAAGCAUGCAGUUUACUGUGGCUCCUGUUCAUGCUGCGAUCAUAAUGCGAUUUCAAGAGAAAUCUAGUUGGACUUCAAAGACACUUGCUACAGAAAUUGGCAUACCUAUGGAUUCUCUUAACAGAAGGAUAAGCUUCUGGACAAGCAAGGGUGUCCUGACAGAAUCAGCAGGACCAGAUGCCGAUGAUCACACCUUUACUGUUGUUGAUAGCAUGUCUGAUGUCAACAAAAACAGUAUUGCAAAUGAACGCUUGGCAGAGUAUCAAAUGACUGAGGAAGAAGGUGAAAGCUCUGUAGCUUCAGUUGAGGAACAACUUAAGAAAGAAAUGACUGUGUACGAGAAAUUCAUCAUCGGAAUGCUAAUCAAUUUCGGGAGUAUGUCACUGGACAGGAUACAUAACACUUUAAAGAUGUUCUGUAUAGCUGAACCAUCAUAUGACAAGUCACUGCAGCAGCUGCAAAGUUUUCUUUCUGGUCUAGUGGUGGAUGAAAAGCUAGAAACGAGGGAUGGGUUGUACUUGCUAAAGAGGUAGCAGUAAUCGGUUAGGAGAACAAGUUGUUAGAAAGGGUCUGUUUGGUAGACCUCCAUCUGAUUCUGAUUCUCUAUAGGAGCUGAUUCUCCGAGAGAAGUGAUUCUAUGCUGAAAGUGAUUAUCUUAGAUUCUCUAGCAUAAACUCUUAAGAUCAGGAUGGAGAAUCACUUCACAGAAUCAGGAGAAGCUACUUUUUCCAGCUCCCAGCCUAUUAGUUCGUAUCAGAGAAUCACUCUAUAGAAUCGGUAGAGAAUCACUUCUCCUUGAAAGACUGUUUGGCAGAACUCCUGCUAGAAUCAGCUCUGGGAGCUCUGCCAAACGCACCCUAAAGGUGUUGGUUAAUCAAACAGACAUACCUAAUUAUGUUCUCAGGUUCCUCAAAUGUUUUAGUAUCUUUUCCUAGGAACUCAGGAUCAGCAUCCUUGAUGCCCACCAUUGUAUUUUUCUUCACUCUUCUGUGCAUCUUUGAAUGGAGGUGCUGUGAUAUCUGAUAUCACGAGAUUUUCCAAAUUGUUGAGAAUCGAUGCAAGCAACUAUAUAACUAUUGAAGGGUUAGUUCCAAGACUUUUUGGAUCU